UAUAUGAGUAAGGAACAAAGUUCAGAAUUUCAAAUAACACUAGUAAAGUAAUUCUAAAUUAAUUCAUCCAUGGUCGAAAACUGGUUGGGGCACCAAUAGAACCCCCCACAUGAGGAGCCCAUUACGCCAUGGUCUUCUCAUUUGUGCACUUAACUUGAGCUUCACAUUAGCACAGUAGCAUUCUAAUUCUGAUUGCUGAGCGCCAAUAACAUUUCAUUUUAUAUCUGAUUCUGAGCUUUAAUCUUUACCUCAGAAGCAACUAUUCUUUUUGAUUCAUACACAUUCUUUUAAUCCUGUCAAAUUAAAAUCACCAGAAACACAAAAUAGAACGAUGAUGCCAUUAAAACCCAUAAACACCAAUCUGAUAAACCAAGUAAUAUCACUUAUGAUCCAGCACCGCCCGUUUGAUAUCCAACUCGCAUCUUCAACAACUACCUCUUUGUUAUCAUCCAAUUUAAUCUCCGACGUCCUCAGAUCCAUCCCAAGAUUCUUUUUCCAAUCAACACGCUCAGUCGGCCGCCAAAGCACAACCCGUCACCGCUCUCCUUUGAAACAACGCAGCCUAAAACAAGAGACCCACAAACAUAAUAACAAACUUCUCAUUCUUGGUCCAGCUGCUUAUAAGGACCCAAAAAGAGUUAAAUUAGGAGUGUUCAAAGCAAUGGAGUUCUUUUAUUGGGUAGAGACUAAUUGUGACUUUAUACACACCGAAAGCACUUGUAGAGAAAUGGGUUUUGUUUUGGCUAGAGCGAAUAGACUAGAUAAGCUCUGGAAUUUUCUUCAAGAAAUGGCAAAAAGAGAGGUUUUUGAUGGUAGAAAACUUGUUACUACUAAUGCUGUUACCUGUUUGAUAAAAGUCCUAGGAGAAGAAGGAUUGGUCAAAGAAGCUUUAUCUUUGUUUUAUAGAAUGAAGAAGUAUCAUUGUAAACCUGAUGUGUAUGCUUAUAAUACUAUUAUUUAUGCUCUUUGUAGAAUUGGGAAUUUUAAAAAAGCUAGAUACUUGUUAGAACAAAUGGAGUUACCUGGCUUUUAUUGCCCGCCGGAUACUUUCACUUAUACUAUAAUGAUUAGUUCUUAUUGUAAGUAUAGUCUGCAAACUGGGUGUAGGAAGGCUAUAAGGAGGAGGUUAUGGGAGGCUAAUCAUUUGUUUAGGAUUAUGUUAUUUAAAGGUUUUGCUCCUGAUGUUGUUACAUAUAAUUGUUUGAUUGAUGGAUGUUGCAAGACUUACAGAAUUGAGAGGGCUUUGGAGCUCUUUGAGGAUAUGAAUAGAAGGGGGUGUGUUCCUAAUCGGGUUACUUAUAAUUCUUUUAUAAGGUAUUAUAGUGCAGUUAAUGAGAUUGAUAAGGCUGUUGAGAUGUUAAGGAGAAUGCAGAAUAUGAAUCAUGGAUUGGCAACAUCAAGUUCUUAUACUCCAAUUAUACAUGCCUUGUGUGAAGCAGACAGGGUGCUGGAGGCUCGGGAUUUUCUACUUGAGUUGGUUGAUGGGGGCUCCAUACCUAGAGAGUAUACAUAUAAGUUGGUUUGUGAAACAAUGAAGUCAGCAAGAGAGGUCAAUUUGAUAGAUGAUGAAUUCCAUAAUAGAAUUAAAGAUGGAAUAGAUGAGAGAUUUAGGCAAGUGAAGAAGGUAAAACCAAUCAUGGUUCGUAAGAUGUUACAGUAGCAUAUAUGAAGUGUUACAUUUUGGAUACUCUGGUUUUUGUUACAUGGAGUCAUUUCCUAGUUUCUGGAGCAAGUAAAAGUUCAAAUACCGGGCCUGUAUUAUGUUGAGGCGGGGGAUUGCUUCUGGAGUAUCUAUUUUCCAUUCGAUAUUUUACACAUAAAAGUGUAUAGAGGGCACUUCAAGAUAUAGGUAAAGGGGUCCAUGUAACAUAGGUUACACUCAACAGUGUAAAGAACUUCAAGGAUCAUGAAGAAAUAGAAUGGAUGCUGCAUUGAUAUGAUGGUUUCCCCUCAUCACAAAAUGUGAGCUCUCACAACUGAUCGGAACAAAAAGCUCCUUUACUAGACUAAAAGAGCAAUUAUUUUUAUAGGAUAGGAGUUGACUGGGAGUUGUAAUGGAGAGAAGGAAAUUGCUACCUGAUACUGCCAGAUGAAUAUGCGAUUAUGAAAUGUGGCACAUGAAAAGGAAGAGAAUGCAGCAAUCAGCGAUGUGAAUAAAGUUGAAAACUCCUUGUCAAUGGCACUUCACUAGGGGAGGUUCAAUCUGUUACUUUUUUUGAUAACAUAUCUGCUUCCUGCAUAUUGAUGUCAACUACUUUGAGUUGCUGUUUAAUUCAAACCCAAAUAGGCUUGAAGACCCAUUGGUAUAACUUGUGGCAUGGAGCUUAUUGAAUUAUGUCAUUAAUCCCCUUUUGGCUGAUUUUGGGGUGUGUGGAAAAGUUUAUCUGGAAUUUGGCAUGUUCUUUGCUGUUUCA